AUGGUGCAGGAGACUUCUGCACAUUAUACCCCACCACCGUUACCCGAAACUCUCAAUAAUUGGGAGGAUAUCGAGGACCGAAGUCUUUUUCGAAAGCCAUGGGAGCACUUCGAGUCGUGUCUUGCCCAACAUGGAUACACUCUGCUGGGGGCACCCGCAUACGAUGAUCCCAGGCUCUUUGAGCGAAUACCAAAGAAGCCAGCAUUGAAUCCGUUCUUCCCUCAAGAUGACGAAGACUUUGUCCACCGACCAGACUGGGAGAAUGUUGCGUCUCUUCGUAUGCCUCAGUUCUUCCAACAACGUGCUAAUAUCUACCUUGGGCUUGAUCAUGUGGGUCGACAGGUGGUAUUAAAAGCAAUUCAGCGAGACUCUUCAGAGCACAAGGUGCUGCGCCACCUCUGCAGCCAGGCUCUACGUAAAGACCCUCGGAAUCACACUAUUCCAGUCACCCUUAUUCCAGUGGGCGACUAUGUCUUCGUCAUCCAGCCUUACUGGGGAAGGUGCUGGGACUGGCCUCAUCCGGAUUCUAUCCCGUCGCGCUUGAAGCUUGUGGCGCAACUCCUUGAAGGCCUGGCGUUUAUGCAUCACAACUUGAUUGGGCACGGGGAUAUCCAUCGCGAAAACAUCCUGUGGAAUCACAGCGAUUGGCGACGGUGGGGAACCGAUGACGACGACGGCCCUCCACCAGGCUUCUUAUUCCACAGCACCUUCGACUUCCGCAUGGCAUAUAUCGACUUCGGUUGCUCCACCCUCUUCGAACCCGGCCAAAGCCACACAAUCCCAAGCGACUCCCGGCCUCCCUCUGUUUUUGCGGCGCCGGAACAGACCGCAGAGGGCGAUUCCUAUGACGUGUUCGCUGCGGACGUAUACAACCUCGGGAGAGUCCUCCAAUUUGAGCUGGAUGAAGCGUUGGGGGAUGAGGAUCCAGUCGCGCGCGAAACGGUUGAGUCGCUGCCGGAGUAUCUGGAUCUGCUGAACCGCAUGACGCAGGAGGACCCGACUCGGCGUCCUUCCUCUGCGGAGGCAAAUAUCACUGUCAGAGCUAUCGUGAAGAAUUGGGAGUUGACGAAGUCGUAA